AUGGCUGGAGAAUGCACUGAAACAACCCCUUUAGCUACCACUUCCUCUAUACAUAAUUGGUGGCCUCAGCAUCAUCUUCAUGGUUCUUCUGUAUCUUCUUGGAGCACCAAUAACUAUCCUAAUUGGCAGUACUCUGAACUUAACAACAAUUCUGAGUCCUCUGGAGACGAAAGUGUUUCCAUUUCCACAUCUUUCACCAAUGCUUCUAAUCAUUCCGGUUUGACUGUCGAAUCCUCAAGAAUAGUACUGGUUGAUGGUGCUUCAGCCCAUGAAUUCGUUGGAGAAACAGUUCCUGAUGGUCACCUCUGGAACCAUGUUCUCAUAGGUGGCGGCAACAACGGAGACUUGCCUAACAGUGAAAAUUUUGGAGAACAAUUACUCAAUGAUUUGCCACCAAAGAGCAUUUCAAAUGGAAUGUUUGAUCCUGCAUGUGACUACACCAAAAAGAUUGACAAUAGUUGGCUAUCCUCAAGUAUGGGACCUUUCAACUUUGAGAAACAACUCAAUACCCCUAAGUUGUCAAACUUUGUUGGAAACUGGUCUAUACCAUCCCAAGAUGAGCACAUGAAUCAACAGUUUGAGCCCCGGCAGAGCGAUAUAGGAACCCUUAACUCCAUGAUUAAGGAACCCUUUUCUGAUCUUGGUCCGGGGAAGCGAAGUAUGGAUAGAAUUAUGGGUUCAAUCUCAUGUUUUGGUCAUGAUAUGAAAAUGGUGGAGGAAUAUGGAAGGUCAUUUGACAGUUACAAGGUUGGGGACCCUAAUGCUUUGGGUAGCACAAUUUUGGGAGAUAAGCGCAAAUACUCUCUUGAAUUGCCAAAUAUUCGUCCUUGCUCCAAUUCAAGAAGUUUAACUGAAGCUCUUUCCCCUGUUGGUCAUCUAAGCAGGCCACUGCUUGAUACUAACCUAUCUAAGCCCAUCCUUAAAACCCUAGACUUAUCAGGCUUCAAGAAGCAGGUCUUCCAGACUUCUCCAUUCCCAACUCCAAUAUCAACAAUCAGCACACUUGCAAGAAACAAUAGAACGACACAGGCACUGCUGAGUGGAGGAAAGAAGAAAAGAUCCGAAGAGAAUCCGGAGACAGUCAUGAAGAAGGCUAAACAGGAAGGCAGUACAAUCUCAACCACAAAGUUGCAGGUUCCAAAAGCAAAGCUGGCAGAUAAGAUCACUGCCCUCCAACAAAUUGUAUCACCAUUUGGAAAGACUGACACAGCAUCCGUACUAUGGGAAGCAAUUGGAUAUAUAAGGUUUCUUCAAGAGCAAAUACAGCUGUUGAGCAGUCCUUAUAUGAAGGGCAAUUCGAGUAAGGACCUUUGGGGAGGAUUGGACAGAAAUGAUAGUGGAGAGGCAAAGCUGGAUUUAAAGAAUCGAGGACUUUGUCUUGUUCCUAUUUCAGGCACACCUCAAGCCUGUCGUGAGAACGCUGGUUCUGACUACUUGACUCCAAUGUAUCGAGGAUGUCUAUAUAGAUGAAAUGGGACACCAUUUAUAAAGUGUAGAAGUACUUUUUAUUAUAAUUAUGGAUUCAUGU